CAUAAUUUUUGACUACGUUGCCUUUAGGACAAAUGACUGAGGUUCCAACGAUGUUUGAAGUGUUUACUUGUGGUAAGCAACUAAAGUUAGAAAAAAACUCUUAAAGUGGAUAGAAAGGGUGAAAAUGACAACGUUUGAAAACUUCUAAUCGCCAAGACGCCUAACACCCGAGAGGUAUGUCGAGUUUGGAGAGUGAUGGGGAUGUUGUGGCUUACUGUUUGCCUGGUGGACUUGAAUUUCAACGUGUCUACGUAAAGAUUCAUGGCUAUAUAGCCCUACUAAUUUGCCUUCUCGGAUCUAUCGCAAACUCCGUCAACAUCGCUGUACUAAGCCGGAAGGAAAUGAUUUCAUCGACGAAUUCCAUUCUAACAGCGCUCGCGGUUGCAGAUCUAUUAGUAAUGCUUGACUACGUCCCCUUUGCGCUGCACAUCUACAUCAAAAUUGGUGCAAAUCUAAAUCGAAAUUCUUACGCUUGGGCGGUGUUCGUGUAUUUUCACUCGAUUUUCAGUCAGACGUUUCACACUAUUUCCAUAUGGCUGACCAUAACGCUUGCAGUCUGGAGAUACAUAGCUAUAAAGUUUCCCCAGAAGAAUAGAACUCUAUGCAACAAGCGGAACACAAAUAUUGCAAUUGGAUUUGCAUAUGUAGUGUGUCCGAUCGUGUGCCUUCCAAUUUAUUUUGCUAUGCACAUACAAGAGGUACCAGGGAAAAAUAGAGAGUCGAAUGGAACGAUAAAUGCAACUACCCACCUCAACGAAUCUUCAAUAAGAGAACCAGUCUAUGCGUUAACGAUGACGAAUAACAAAGAAUUGUUGACAGCUAUAUUUUGGAUAUACAGCGUAUUUCUGAAACUCAUACCCUGUAUAGUGUUGUCAAUUUUUAGUUUUUGUUUAAUAUUGAAAAUGAAAUCUAGCGACAAGAGAAGACAAAAGCUGUUGAAUAAAUCAGCAAUUACAGCAACAGAGGGUGAAAAAGGUCGGCUACACGAUGAUGGUAAGCGUGGCGGAAGUCGCACGGACCGCACUACCCGGAUGCUGGUCGCUCUAUUGGGCCUUUUCCUCGCUACGGAAUUGCCACAAGCUCUGUUCGGGCUACUGACAGCUAUCGCUCCACAGCUGUUUGAAAUAUGCUAUUAUGCUUUUGGUGAAGUAAUGGAUUUAAUGGCGUUGGUGGGAUCAGCUGUUAACUUUGUGCUGUAUUGCAGCAUGAGCCGGCAGUUCAGGUGCACGUUUACCCGUCUGGCUCGGAAACUACUUCCGCUACCUGCACGAGCUGAGAGCGAGCCUUUGACUACAACAUCUACGGUGAAAGCGUAGCGAGUGCGUAGUGCAGCUACGACAGCUGCCCAGCUUUAAUAACAAUUUAGUGCUACUGUUGCAGUCAAUUAUAGUGAACGACAGCUUUUGAUUAGCUAAUUACUUUUGACAGCUUAAGUACGGAUGAUUUAGUUAUAUAUUAUGCAUGAGUACUUUAUAAUUCAUAAGGAACUAUUGUUUCCUCUAAUCACAUUAAAUGUUAGUUAAGGUGAGACGUGCAUAUUAAAAGCAUGAACCGAGAAAGAUAAACAGAAAAAUUAUUGCUAUACUUUCUCUCAUACAAUCCUUUCCUCCGGGACGUGUCCUUCAAAAUGUUUUAUACAAAGUAAACUCUUGCCAUGAGUCCAUUAAAAAAGGGCUCUUUUGUUUUUUGUGAAUAAAGCUGAAAUGAAAUUCCUCGUUUCCAUGUCAAAUGGAUGACGUAUUAUUAUAUUUUCAAUGUAAAUGCCAUAUUUAUCUGUGUUCUACAAAUAUGUUGUAUAAUAUUCAGUAAUGAAAGCUAUUUGCAUAAAGUUUCUCGUCAACAUACAGUCAUUUAUAUGAAAAUGAGAUUGACUACCAAAAAUAGAAAGGGUAACAGUCUUGAAUUGGUAUCUAAGAGACAUCUUUUGUAGUAAAAUUACAAAGGAAAUCUUUUUGGUUUACAAUUCUAUUUUUAAUGUUGUCAGUAAGCUCUCUGACAAAGUAUGCGACGAAUGUAUGUAUCUUGCCAUAUAUAAUAAACCUAAAUGUUGUUACGGCGAAUACUUAUCGAAAUAUUUCUAAAGUUAUGUACGUCGUUUUAGGUUUAUGUAUUAAAAAAUAACGGUGUUAAUUAUCGUUUUGAUGUAUAGGUAAUGUAAUGUUCAAUGUAAUUGAUGUUAAAAUAAAACGUACAACUCAUAUUAAUGUAUGCAUUAGGUCAUAUUUAUAACUAAUUGGUGUUAUUAGGACCACUGUAGAAUUUAAUAGGUGUUAUAUAUUUAAUAAAUAUGUCGCCGAAAAUGAAGUUCUUAUUAAUUAAAAAGGAAGGAAGGACACAAAAGUAGUUUACUAAACUUUGCCGUCGGUAGCUGUCACUAACUGACGAGAUAUUGGUUGGCUAUUCCGUUGAGACACAAUGAGUCCUAUCGCAAGAGUAAACACAAGGUUAGGUUCGUUGAUAGAAAAUUAGUGACGGAUGAGUGAGUUACGAACACAAACACUUCGUUGUGAAGACGUGUUUGUAUAAGCAUGCCAAGAUAUACUUAUUCCAAGAUCAAGAUAUAGAUAUGUUACAAUAUUAUUACGAGGUAUCGCAAUAUAUAAUAGGUUAAAAGGUUAUACAAUAUACUAAUUAUUUAGGUUAUGAGUGGAUUUUAUUUAAUAUUUUUCCUUAACAGUAAGAUCAAAGUAAGCUGUCAUGAAAUUUGAAGAAACAUGUGAAGUUGAAACAAAAAAGAAACAAGAACUGGUUUGAAUUUAACUAUGAUUUGUAUCUAGAAGACUUCUGUAUUUGAGACCUCGGGGCACAUCUAGUUAUUAAUAUUGAGUAAAGUUGUCUUUUGUUUCUUUAGUUGACGUUUGUUUAUGUAUAAAAAGCUUUACUCGUUAAUGUCAUCAAUUAUGAAACUUCGCUAUUAGCAGGGUGUGUAAUUUAGGCCAUUCUCAAAGACAGACGUUAUUAUAAUAACCCAAAUCACUUUGUCUGCGUGUCAUGACGUUGUCAUUCGAGAAAAGGUAGGGUUCAUAUAGCUCAAUAACCUUCUCAUAUUUCCUGGUGGCAAUAGAGUAUAUAUUGAAGUAUCUUGAAAAUGAUGUUAGCAUGUGAAACUAGUGAAACAAAACAUAUAUUAAUUUCAGAUAGUACAUUUAACAUUGACAAAAGAAAUAAACUUGAUGAAAAAUACUACGCACAAUUACUCCGUAUUAGACCACGUAGCGAAAUGCGAUAAAGCUACGAGAUAAACAUCGUAGUUGUAUGUCUACGCUAUAGGAUAUCGUCCAAACAUAUUUCUAUCAGCCGCUUAAGGAAUUAUAUAAAGUGUUUAGCGUAGCCGAUCACGUAAAUAUCUAAUAUUCUACGGCUGUACUUCCUUCAAUAACACUAUUAAUGUCCGACGUGAAACAAUGCGAGUUUUGGUAAAACAAAAGAUAUAUAUGAGAUCUUCUAUCUCUCUAUCUCUAUCUCUAUCUAUCUUGAUAUAUAUGAGAAUUCAGAUCGUUAAUCCGCUUACGUAUUGUUCGACUGAGGGUUGCUCUAAAACUAUUGUCGAAUUCGUGUUUCACUCUUUGUUAUAUUAUUGAUAAAGAAAGCGAAAAUGCGUCAUUCAUUUUGAUAAUUAAAAUUACUACAUGAGUUCCCUUUGUAGAGAUGAAAGCAAACAAAAUUUGAUUAAAUUCGCUUUGUUCAAGAUUUCAUUUCCGUUUCUUCGGAAUCAUUUACCUUACCGUUUGAUUUCAUAUAAAAGGAUUUCGCAUUCAAAAGAUUUGACAUGCGUAUUUAAUCAGGACUGUUGGUACAAAAAUUUAUUCUUUUAACCAAUUCCUGUCUAAACAUUUUUAGACUGGAAUUCUUUAAUAACGUUUCUCUAGAAACUUUUAUUACAAAAAUAAUUUAUAUAACUACGUCAAUGUUUUAAACAAAUUAUGCCAAAAAAGAGGGUUUUGAGAGGUAAAAAUUAUACCUUGUUUUGUCGUGGUGUAUAUAUUUUUUGCUAUUACACAAACCAAACAAAUUUUUCAACAGUAUUACAUUAUCUAAUAUCCAAUUAAAACAUUUGCUUAGUAACUUAUCUAUAUCUGAAAUUAUUACCAUUAUAUAAGAUAUCUAUCCAAUUAUCCUGCCCAUACGUUUCUCCAUACAGAUCUUAUUAUUUUUGACAUUUUACCUUGACGACCUCAUUUAUCCUGUCGAUAAGUAUCUGCGUCUAAUCACCUCCGAGGACCCGAGCCACCCAGUCGUUCCCAAACUGUCAAGACGAGGUGUUUAUUUAUUUUUAACUUUUACUUUUACUUAAGUUGUUUGUUAACAAAUUUCAAGUUUGUCCUGCCACUAACAACGUCGUUCAAUAAAUUAUCUUCAGUGGUUGAUAAAUAUUUAUUUUUAUACAGCUUAAAAAAGGUACAACUCAGUGAUAAAAUUAUGUCCCAGAUUAAAGCGAUAACAAGGAACAGUAAAAUCAUUUUGGCAUCCGAUUACAUUUGUGGUGAAGUUAUAUAAAUCCAAUUAAAUAGCUUAUGUUGUUAAUUGAAUGCUGGAAAUUGAUUUUAGUUUACACGCCCUCAGGGAUCCCACGAGGCUUUCUCCAAGUAUACGACCUACCAGAGAAUUUCCCCGAUCUUCUUAGGUCUUCGACACAUCUUUGAUCGUGCCUUGUCUACGCCUAACAAUAGCUAAAGAAAUUUGAUUUCAGAGCAUUGACCCCUCACAAGCCACUAGAGGCGGAGAAAAUGUUCCAAAUUUAAUUAUAAAGAGCCCUCCAACGGGGAAUCGAAUCGAUGCCCUUGGCUUUACGGUCCCUUUACGAAACCGCUUAUACACGAGGCUCGAUUCUAUUCAGCCUGGGAUUAUAUUGUCGAUAAGGAAUGUAAAUAUAACUGAUACAAUUUUUGGCAAACAUUAAAGUGUUAUGAAGAUCUCGUUUGUGUACUUAAUUAUUUAAAUAAGAUUUGUCUUCACAACGAUAGAUCAUAGAACAUUCUAAAAAUUAAUUUUACCAACUAUACAGUAUGUUUAUUUAAAUGUGAACUAUUGUUAUUAUUAUUUUACGAAUUAUAUAAUGUUGUUUUGUAUUAGAUUAAGGAACAACGAAAACAAUUAUGCAUGUACUUAUAUACUUAUUCCUUGAUAAGAAUGGGAAGUAUUUAUAAUAUUUUACAAAUUUAUAAUCAUAUUCACCAACACACUAUAAACAUUAGGAAGCUUAAUAAUAUUUUGACACAUUUAAGUAUUUAUUGGGCAUGAGAAAGAUAAAACAUUCAAUAGCUAUUUGAUGAUUAUAGUACGUUUAUAGUAAUUUAUAACUAGUAAUACCUGUGAACUAUGAAUAUAAUUAACAAA